CAGGAGGCGGAGCUGGGGGCGCUGGGAGGCGGUGCGGCGCGCACUGACUAGCCGGCAGCGCCGCUCCGCUCUGCACAGCGCCGGUCCCGCAGCGUCUGCAGCACGGCAAUCAUGAGUGAUCGAAAGGCAGUGAUCAAGAAUGCAGACAUGUCAGAGGAGAUGCAGCAAGACUCUGUGGAGUGUGCUACUCAGGCCUUGGAGAAAUACAACAUCGAAAAGGACAUUGCUGCUCACAUAAAGAAGGAAUUUGACAAGAAAUACAAUCCCACUUGGCACUGCAUCGUGGGAAGGAACUUUGGCAGCUACGUGACGCAUGAGACCAAGCACUUCAUCUACUUCUACCUCGGCCAAGUUGCUAUUCUUCUUUUCAAGUCUGGUUAGACCCAUGGACUGUUACUGAACCUUGCACGUGUCUCAGGACUGCACACUAACUCUAAACAGCCUCUUACCUUCAGCCUUCCUGAGGAAACAGACCUUGAUCUUCAGGUCUUUUGUUGCAUUGUUAAUUGUCAGGGAUUUUGCUGUGGCAGCUGGUAUUUUCAUUGUGGCUAUAAAAAAAAAGGCAAAAAUGUCUUCCUUGUAUUUAUUUUCUUUUGAAAGAUGGCUUCUUUGCUAAUAAAACUAUUGGAAGAA